CAACCCAUGCUAUUUGAUCAUAUCUAGCCUUAAACACCGGACUCAGUUUCUUAAAUCUUGUUGCAUAGUUUCACCUAAGAGAUGGCCCUUCAAGAAUCAACCCCAAAAGCUCAAUUUCGCCGAACAGCAGAGUUUCAUCCUUCUGUAUGGGGUGAUUACUUCAUCAACAAGACUCCUUGUGAUGAGAUGCUAUUCAGCGCUUGGAUUAAGGAAGUUGAGGUGCUGAAAGAAGAAGUGAGGACCAUGGUUACAAGCGCCACUCUAAAACCAUCAGAAAAGCUGAAGUUGAUGGACAUUGUCCUUCGGCUAGGCAUUGGUUACCAUUUUGAAGGAGAAAUUAAUGACAUAAUAGAGCACGCAUACAAUACUUAUCAUGGCAACAACUUCGACGAUGACCUCUUUACAGUUGCUCUUCGAUUUCGAUUACUUAGACAGUAUGGAUACAAUGUUUCAAGUGAUAUUUUCAACGAGUUCAAGGACGGAAAAGGCAACUUCAAGGACAAUCUUAUUGAUGAUGUGGAAGGCUUGCUAAGUUUAUAUGAAGCUUCUUUCCUCGGUGGUCAUGGAGAAGAUACGCUAGAUAAAGCUCUUUCCUUUUGCAAAACUCACCUCGAGUCCGCGGUUGCUCAUCUGGUCUCUCCUCUUGCUGACAAAGUAAGUCAUGCUUUGAAGCGGCCUCUCCUCAAAGGCGUACCAAAGCAUGAGCAAUGGCACCACAUCCUUAUCUACCAGCAAGACGAAGCUUGCACUGGAGCUGUUCUAAAGCUAGCAAAGUUGGAUUUCAAUGUAGUGCAAAAGUGCUACCAGGACGAGCUGAGGAUUAUCUCUAGGUGGUGGAUAGACUUGGACUUUGCUACAAAGCUACCCUUUGCUCGAGACAGGGUGAUUGAGUGCUUUUUUUGGGGACUGGGAGCAUUUCUUGAGCCACAAUUUGUACUUGCAAGGAGGUUCAUAACAAAAGUACUUAUAUUUUUGUCCAUAUUGGAUGACAUAUAUGAUGUGCACGGAACGAUUGAAGAACUUGAGCUUUUCACCGAAAAGAUUGAAAGGUGGGAUACUAGCAUGGAAGAUCUGCCAGAUUACAUGAAAUUGUUUUUUGAGGCAUUAAUUGGUUUCUUCGAUGAAAUUGAGCAAGAGACAGGGAAGGAAGGAAGACCAUACUGCGUGCACUACUCUAGAGAAAUGUUGAAGAAUCAAGCAAGGGCCUACCUUAUUGAAGCCAGAUGGUUCAACCAAGACUGUGUUCCACAACUGGAGGAAUACAGGCGUGGUGGUGUGUAUACUUCUUGUUAUCCUAUGGCCGCAGUGGCAUGGUUAUGUGGGAUGGCAGAAACAGGUUCAAAGGAGGUAUUUGAGUGGAUGUUAAAAAAUCCUAAAAUCGUGGUUGCCUCAUCUGAUAUCGGUAGGCUCAUGGAUGACAUUACAUCCCAUGAGUUUGAGCAAGAAAGAGGACAUGUUGCGUCAGCUGUUGAGUGCUGCAUGAAGCAAUAUGGUGUUUCAAAGAAAGAAGCAUAUGACAUGUUGAACAAGAUGGUUGAAAGUGAUUGGAAAGACAUAAAUGAGGAGCUUCUCAAGCCAUCUACUGUUCCUAGGCAAGUCUUGAUACUUAUGCUUAAUCUAGCUCGUAUCAUAGACGUUGUAUACAAGGAUUAUGAUGGCUAUACAGAGGCCAAGAACGCGACGAAGGAAAUGCUGACUGCUUUCCUCGUAGAUCCCCUUCCAGUUGUAGCAUGAUGGUGUUGCCUUAUGAUAAUAAAUAUACAAAUUGGUAUAAAUAAUUGUCCGGUUUGUUUCAAACAAACCUUUAGAAGAAAAAUCACGCAGGUGUUAACUCCAUUGGAGCUACCAGUUAGAUCCCCAUGUCGCAUGCAGCUGGGAACCUGCGGUGAUUGUUUCAUUAAUUAAUUUACGUAUUUUCUAAUAUUGUACUUCCUUUUCCUUGCUUUUGGGUAAAUUAUAAUAAAGUCCCAUGAUCCAUUGGAUUUUUCGAAAA